GCGGCUUUAGUGAGGAGAAAAGUCUCGUUGAGGUAGAGAGAGAGACAGAGUGACGGACACGAGUCCACACACAGUAGGCUGUUCAUGAACCCACGGAGCCGUGGACGUCCACGCUACUUCAUUAAAGAGUAAAAAGGCGACAAUGGAGUGGAAGUUAUGGAUUUAAAGCGCAGAGGACGUGAAAUGGGUGAUCUGCUGCUGGCGCUGUUACUGCUGACGAGUUCACUGGUGUCGGCGGCUCACGGCUCACCUCUCCUUCUCUUUGCCAACCGGCGGGACAUACGUUUGGUGGAUGCAGAGAGUGUGCGGGGUGAGUCGGCCAUUGUUGUCGGUGACCUGGAGGAUGCAGCAGCAGUGGACUUCCUGUAUUCUGAGGGCCUUAUAUUCUGGACCGAUGUCAGUGAGGAGGCCAUCAAACAGACCCACUGGAACCAGUCAUCCAACUCCCUUAAAGAGGCACUGGGAACUGGCAAGACUGUCGUAGUAUCAGGGCUGGACAGUCCUGAUGGCCUGGCAUGUGACUGGUUGGGUAAAAAGCUUUACUGGACAGACUCAGAGACCAAUCGGAUUGAAGUGGCCAACCUCAACGGAACCUCCAGGAAAGUCCUGUUUUGGAUGGACUUGGACCAGCCCAGAGCUGUUGCUCUCAACCCUGCACAACGCUACAUGUACUGGACUGACUGGGGGGAGGAGCCCAGGAUAGAGCGUGCUGGCAUGGAUGGCAGCAACAGGAAAGUGAUCGUAAACCAGGACAUUUACUGGCCCAAUGGUCUGACAAUAGACCUGUUGGAAGAUAAGCUGUACUGGGCAGAUGCUAAACUCAGCUUCAUUCACAGAGCCAACCUCGACGGAUCAGCACGUGAAACGGUGGUGGAGGGCACCCUCACGCAUCCUUUUGCACUGACACUGUCUGAGGACACAUUAUACUGGACUGACUGGCAAACCCGCUCCAUCCAUGCCUGUAACAAAAACAGUGGAGACAAAACCAGAGAGAUACUCAGUGGGAUUUACUCUCCUAUGGACAUCCAGGUUCUGGAGACCUAUCGACAACCUUACUUCCAGACUCCCUGCAGUGACAAUAACGGAGGCUGCAGUCAUCUCUGCCUACUCUCUCCAGUCAACCCUUUCUACAGCUGUGCCUGUCCCACUGGUGUCCAGCUAAACCCAGAUGGAAAGACUUGCAAACCAGGAGCAGAGCAAGUCUUGCUGCUGGCAAGACGGACUGACCUGAGGAGAAUCUCACUGGACCUGCCAGAUUUCACUGACAUUGUGCUACAGGUUGAUGACAUUCGCCAUGCCAUUGCCAUAGACUAUGACCCGGUUGAGGGUUAUGUCUAUUGGACAGAUGAUGAGGUGCGUGCCAUUCGGCGAUCCCACAUUGAUGGCAGUAAUGCCAUGGUGCUGGCCACCUCAGAGAUCAAUCACCCUGAUGGCAUUGCUGUGGACUGGGUGGCCAGGAACCUGUACUGGACUGAUACUGGCACUGACCGCAUUGAGGUUACGAGGCUGAAUGGAACCUCCCGGAAAAUCUUGAUUUCUGAGGACUUGAAUGAACCCAGAGCCAUUGUCCUGGAUCCUGUUAAUGGUUACAUGUACUGGACAGACUGGGGUGAGAAUCCCAAGAUCGAGCGAGCCAACCUGGAUGGAACAGACCGGCUGGUUUUGAUCAACAGCUCUCUGGGCUGGCCCAACGGACUGGCACUGGAUUAUGCAGAAGGAAAGCUUUAUUGGGGAGAUGCUAAAACGGACAAGAUAGAGGUGAUCAAUGUGGAUGGCAGUAACAGACAGACUCUGCUGGAGGACAAGCUGCCUCACAUCUUUGGCUUCACUCUGCUUGGUGAUUACAUCUACUGGACUGACUGGCAGAGACGCAGCAUUGAGAGGGUCCACAAAGGCACAGCGGUACGAGAGAUCAUCAUUGAUCAGCUGCCAGACUUAAUGGGGCUGAAGGCCACUAAAGUGACCGAGACACACGGUACAAAUGGCUGUGCGGUGGAUAAUGGUGGGUGCAGCCACUUGUGUUUCUGGCGUCGACAGACCGUCAGCUGUGCCUGUCCCAUGGGCAUGGAGCUGCUCUCUGACCUGCAGACCUGUGUCGUACCUGAAGCUUUUCUGCUGUUCACCAACAGGGACAACAUCAGAAGUAUAUCUUUGGGUACAAACAGCAACGACGUGGCCAUUCCUCUGACAGGAGUCAAAGAGGUCUCGGCUCUCGACUUUGAUGUCUCUGAGAGAAGAAUAUACUGGACGGACAUACAGGCCAAGACGAUCAGCAGAGCAUAUAUGAACGGCAGCUCAGUAGAACAUGUCAUAGAGUUUGGACUGGAUUACCCAGAGGGCAUGGCAGUUGACUGGAUGGGUAGAAACAUAUACUGGGCUGAUACGGGCACUAACCGCAUCGAGGUGGCCAGGCUGGACGGCCAGUAUCGACAGGUUCUGGUCUGUAAGGAUCUUGAGAACCCGCGCUCACUGGACAACCCUCGCUCACUGGCACUGGACCCAGCUAAUGGCUACAUGUACUGGACAGAGUGGGGUGGCCGACCUCGUAUAGCCAGAGCAUAUAUGGACGGCAGCACCAUCACGACCCUGGUGGAUAAGGUGGGACGGGCCAAUGGGCUGACCAUUGACUAUGUAGAUCAUCGACUCUACUGGACGGACUUGGACACAUGCAUGAUCGAAAGCACCAACAUGCAAGGCCUUCAGAGAGAGAUCAUAGUGGACGACCUCCCUCACCCCUUUGGUCUGACACAGUACCGAGAUUUUAUCUACUGGACUGACUUCAAUCUGCGCAGCAUUGAGCGGGCAGAUAAACGCAGUGGACAAAACCGCACUGUUGUGCUGAAGGGCCAGUUGGAGCUGAUGCUGGACAUCCUGGUGUUCCACUCCUCCCGCCAGGAUGGCACCAACGAAUGCUCCCAUAAUAACGGCAACUGUGCCCACCUCUGCCUGGCCACGCCUGCUGGUGCCCAGUGCCGCUGUGCCUCCCAUUACACCCUGAACCCCGAUGGACGAAACUGUAGCUCUCCCUCUAGUUUCCUACUCUUCAGUCAAAAGGCCAGUAUCAGCAGGAUGGUUCUGGGAGAGCAGAGUCCUGAUAUAAUUCUGCCCAUCCAUGUCCUGAGAAACGUCCGAGCCGUCAGCUACGACCCGUUAGACCGGCUUGUCUACUGGCUGGACGGACGACAGAACAUUCGCAGGGCCAGAGACGAUGGAGCCAUGUCCAUGAUAGUGAGCAGCACUACUCAGGCAGUGGACAGCCAGCUUCAGCUUCACGACCUGAGCCUGGACCCCUACAGCCGCCACAUAUACUGGACCUGUGAGACAACAAACACUAUAAAUGUCCAGAGGAUGGACGGACACACCGUGGGUGUGGUCCUGAAGGACGACACUGACAAGCCCCGGGCCCUUGUGGUCAGUGCUGAGAAAGGGUACAUGUAUUUCACCACAGUGCAGGAGCGCUCGGCUAAAAUCGAAGGUGCCAGUUUGGACGGGACAGAGAGAGAAUCUCUGUUCACCACUGGUCUGAUCAGACCCGUCGCACUGGCUCUGGACAAUAAACUGGGAAAACUGUUCUGGGUUGAUGCUGACCUGAAACGCAUAGAGAGCAGUGAUCUGACAGGAGCCAAUCGCAUUGUCCUCCAGGAUUCCAACAUUUUACAGCCAAUGGGCCUGACAGUUCUGGGAGAUCAUCUGUACUGGAUUGACCGGCAGCAGCAGAUGAUAGAGAGGGUGGACAAGCUGACAGGAGACGGACGCACACGCAUACAGGGAAGGAUAUCAUACCUGACCUCCAUUCACGCUGUAGAAGAGAUGGACCCACAGGAGUUUGCCUCCCAUCCCUGUUCCCGAGACAACGGUGGCUGUUCUCAUAUCUGCAUCGCAAAGGGUGACGGUACACCUCGCUGCUCCUGUCCGAUGCACCUGGUGUUACUGCAGGACCUGCUGCGCUGUGGAGAGCCUCCCACCUGCUCCACCGAGCAGUUCACCUGCUCCACUGGUGAGAUCGACUGUAUUCCUAUGGCGUGGCGUUGUGACCGCUUCCCUGAAUGCGAAGAUGGCAGCGACGAGGAGAACUGCCCCGUCUGCUCAGCCUUCCAGUUCCAGUGCGACAAAGGAGGCUGCAUCGACGCUCAGAGGCGCUGCAACGGCGAGCCAGACUGUGCCGACAACUCUGAUGAGCAGGACUGUGAAACCAUCUGCCCUCCUAACCAGUUCCGCUGCGGUGACAACCAGUGUAUCACGAAGAAACAACAGUGUGACAACUACUCUGACUGUCCAGACGGAUCGGAUGAGCUUGCCUGUGAAUAUGUGUCCCCUCCAUCCAGUGGCAUCCCAAACACAGGGACCAACACCAUAGUUCCAGUCAUUGCCAUCAUCCUGCUGGUCUUUCUGAUCGGUGGAGCUUAUUUCAUUUGCCAACGUGUGGUGUGUCGACGCUACAAGGGCCCCAGUGGGACGUUUCCUCACGAGUACAUUAGCGGUACACCCCAUGUACCGCUAAACUUCAUUGCCCCCAGUAGCUCGCAGCACGGCACCUUCCAAGGGAUUUCCUGUGGGAAGUCCAUAAUGAGCUCAGUCAGCCUGAUGGGCAGCAGCAGCAGCGGAGCGCCACUCUAUGACAGGAACCAUGUGACGGGAGCUUCAUCCAGCAGCUCGUCAUCUACCAAGGGAGCCUUCUACCCCCAGAUCCUGAACCCUCCUCCGUCCCCAGCCACUGACCACUCUCUCUACAACACAGAGAUCUUCUACUCCUCCAACAGUCCAUCCACCACCAGAUCAUACAGACCCUACCACCCAGUCCGCGGUGCAGCACCGCCCACUACACCCUGCAGCACUGACGUCUGUGACAGCGACUACACGCCCCACCACCUGCCUGCCGGUGUGGCAUCGUCAGCCGGCCGCUGGAAGGCUGUGAGCCACAGCAGCCACGGCAAACAGAACAAGUACUACAUGGACCUUAACUCUGACUCUGACCCCUACCCUCCACCCCCAACUCCCCGUUCCCAGUACCUGUCAGCUGAGGAGAGCUGUCCCCCAUCCCCCUCCACGGAGCGCUCCUACUUCCACCUGUGUCCCCCUCCUCCCUCACCCUGUACCGACUCCUCGUGACCCUCCAACAGCCCGAGAGCCCUGUGAAAAAGGAAAGGACAAAGCACGCUUGCCUCCCACAGAACUGGCCUUGUCAUGGCCACGAUACCAGGGAAAGAACUUGUGCCAACCUCACACAUGCUGCUUUUGAUCAACUGCUUUGGCUUCUUCAAGGCCUUCUUCAAGGUUCCUAUUUCCCACUUUGGCCGUGUCAUCAUUCCAGUCACCCUGAAGCUCUCAGGGUGACCAUCAUCUGAUCAGCGUAUGUGUCCUGCUCUAACGAACAGUGAGUCUCUUGUGGCAGGGAGCAGGAUUGAGUCCCAUCCUUUCAUUCUUUCUUAUUUCAUUUCUGUUGGACACAAAACGAAGAAGAGUUCUUUUGGUGGGUCACAAAAUGUGAGUCUAAGUCCUGACCUCCCGUGCACUCGCAGACUGUGAGAGUCACCAGUGCCACAAGUUACUAUUUAGACUGAAACCAAGGAAAUGGACAACCUGUCAACCAACCCACCCCCCAUAGUUUCCUGCCAUUUGUCUGCUCCUUCAUCGCAGCGUCCUUGUUGGUCGAGCAGCAGCAGGACUGUAUAUAGUGUUUAAAAAUAAUAUGAACAAAAAAAAGAAUUAAUCAGAGAGGAAUUAUUUUGCUAUUUUAUUCAUGCUGGCUGAUCGACCACACCACAGAAAAAAAAAAAAACAGGACAGAUGAAAUGUGUUAUGGGUGGCACAAUUGAUGAAUGAAUGAGUGUGUGAUGUUGUAUGAGAGAGACUGUUUGCCUUAUUGUAGGAAAUAUGAUCAAUUCGUAGAUGACGGCUGAAUGAAUGUGUAGAAUUAUGAAUGAAUGAAUGAUCACUUCAACAGUAAUGUGGGCAUUGUACUGGGACAUUGUGGUGGAGGAGCUGCGCUGAAGCUCCCAAUUUACCCAUCGAUUAUGAUCCAAACCUCGACUUAAUGGUCACAUGCUUUGGAUAGUGACCAAAAGAAUGACAUCACAGUUUGAAGUGGCUGAAAUGAGUUCCCUCAUCACACUGCUUCAACAACUGACGGUGGACGUGCUUGACAUCCGGUGCUGGAUGCAGCAUUUAGAAUUUACCUGAGCCGUGUCCAUCAUGACCAACUGUGUAGCAUUAGUGCUAUUGUUGCUUCAGUGAUAGUGAUGUGGGUGCACUUUGUCCAGCAAUGGAGAUAAAAGCUUUGUCCAAGAGCUCGGUUUGGAUGGUGCACUACUUCAAUGCAUAAAUAUGAUUUGAUUGACUAGCACCUAUGCUACAACUUGUAAAAAUCAACUUCUGCCACACACAGCGCAAGCAAAUCAAUGCAAAAGAGGAUCCACAAUGCAGUUUGGCAACAUGUGACACUGCCCCAUUCAAAGUGAACCAGCAGUGUCUCAGUGAAAGUCUCUCUGAUUUAGGGUAAGGACGUCAGGAAUCUGGGAAGAGCUCGGAGUUAGAUUUGCUGCUCCUUUGCAUUGAAAGGAGCCAACUGAGGUAGUUGGGGCAUAAUGAUCUGGGUGAGGUCUUCUGAUCAAGUCCAUUUUUUUGGAGGAGACCUCGAUGUAGUUCCAGAAGGAAGAUCCCCUGGAAAUCCCUGCUUAGCAUGCUGCCUCCAUGACCCAGUCCCUUACAAACAGAAGAAAAUGAAUGAAUAAAUGAGUGGAUGAACGAGUGGAUGAAUGGAGCAGGGCCAAGAUCAAAGUGUGAAAUCUUUUGAACAUUACUUUUAAAUUGUGUCCCUCAUCAUUUCAUACUGGAAAAGACACAUUUUGCCAUCAGUCCCGUCUUUGUCCCAAUGAAAUGACCGCAUGACAACAACAACAUACCAAAAUGUCAACAUGUAAAGCUAUUGUACAUAUUAUGUGUAAUGAAGUCAUUGAGUGAAUGAGCUGUGACACGUGGAUGCUUUGCAUUGUGAAUCUGAACCUCUUCCAUUCUCCUUUUUCUUUACUCUCAUCAUACCGUUUACCAAAAGUAUGUUUGCUGCUAUUGUGUACAUACUAUGUUAGUUACUAUGAUGUGUAAUUACACAGAAAGCCCAAAAUUACCACUCUCAUACUGUUGUUAGAUCAUUAAGCUAUUUUACUGUUAAUAACAAAUUAUUCUUAUAGCAAAUUCGCUUAUUUGUAUUUGUGUGUAGCUGAUUGUGUAUGUUUCUGUGUCAGUCACCAUGUUUGGUUUGAAGGAGUCUUUUUUUAUUAUUAUUAUUUCUUUUCUUUUUUUUGCUAGAAAUAGAAAAAGUGGAAAGUUGACAAGAGUUCCAGCUGAGACAUUUAACUGAGUGGUUCCAGAUAAGGUUCCAGUGAGCUGCAGAUCAGUCGUCCUCAUCUCUGCGACUUUUCAUUAUCUCCACAUGAUGAAUCGCACAAGGCAAAGAAUUUCAAACCCCCGCCUCUCCUCUGUUUAGACACCUGGUAAGGAGCCUGGUUAGGUGAGAGUCGCGCACCAUCACUAUCGUGGACAUGACUAGUCAAGUUAAAAUUUCAAAUUAGAUUCGCUUUGUAACAAAGAAAUGUGAACAACCGCUGUUCUAGUUUGAACGCUCCCCUUUUCAGACAUUUAAAAACACUUAUCACCCACCAGUGUGCCUUCCUUUGUACCGCACGAACAUUAGGAAUCUUUUACCGUUUACUCUUGAGAAGAAACGUCUUCUUAAAACGCACUUAUGUAGUUCUACGCUGGAAGAUUCUGACAAAACAAUUACGCACGCCGCUUGUUAGGAUAAUAGUGCAUUCCAGUUGAAAUCAAAACAGGAAAUUACAUCACAUACGAGUUUGGUUCACUGCUGUUUCCACAGAACUUCACGUGUCAGAGAACACAAUGUUUUAUUUUAUACAUUACGUGUGGCAGUUAGACAGUACUAUAUGUACAUCUAAUUAAAGUAGACACAAAAGAGUUGAUGAAUAGAAUUUCAGAGAUUGUUCUGAUUGUAAUUUACGAUUUAUAACCGGGAAGUUCUGACCUCAGAUUACAACUGGAAGGCACUAUAAUUCAUGACUUACAGUAACAGCUGGUUCGCUGAUGACUAGUGUUAAUCCUUACUCUUCAUCUCACUCUUUCAAGAAAAUCAAUAUCACCAGCCAGCCUGCUGUUUUUUUCAAAUCUGUUCAAAGGUGGAGUGUACUGACCAGCCUCUAGGGGGCGUCAUGAGGCUUUACUUUUAGUCUUUUCUUCAUCCUGUUGGUGUCGUGGUGCAGCAGUUGGUUGCCACCUCUGAGGCCUGUGCACAUUGAAGCUCCUCAGUAGUUUUCUUCAUGUCCGAUCGUGAUGGAGUCGUGUUCUUUUAGCCUGCUGCUGCUGCUGCUGCUCCAGCACUUAUUAGCAAAUAUCAACAGAGGCCCAAGCAGCAAACGCGGGAAGACAUUUUAUGCACUUGAAAACAGAAAUGUUCCGAGUUUUAGAACAGAACACACCAGGCUUGCUUUAAACUGUUGCUUCAGACACAGGGACAUUUUAUACUAUUUUAAUAGCACAAUUCUCGCAGACGCUGAACGCAGUGGGCACAGUUUUCUUUUGCUGAUCAUGUCCUCUGAUCACUGAGCUGAGGCGAGCGUAGCCAUGAGUCUCCCGGGAAACUCUCCCAGCACUUCUGGAGGUGGGAAAUCUUUGGAACGUGUGGUGCACUUUGUCGCUGUCGCCUGAUAAAUUUCACAGCUGACACCUGGUGACUGGCUGCAGGUGGAUUAUUUUCUUUUCUCUUUUCCAGUUAACAGAAGUGAAGUAGUGUCUGUCUGUGUGUGUGUCAGUGGGAACACGCUGAGCUGCACAGCUCUUCUUUUUUUCUUUUUUUUUUAUUACUAAGACUUAAACCACUGUGUCAGUGAAACUCCGACAAACCUUCUGUUUUUGUUGUCUCAGCUAAAAUGCUUUGUGUAAUUUACACUUGUGAUAAUUUUUGUAUCAAAAGCAUUUUUAUAUAAUAAAGGUUCUAUUUUAA